GGGGCGGGGCCAAAACUGCCCGCCCAAUCGGAGUGACGCUCUAGUCUUGCCGGGGGACUCGUGGGGUAACUUGCUCUGGGGAGCCAGCGGUAUGGCGUCGGGCUGCAAGAUUGGCCCGUCCAUCCUCAACAGCGACCUGGCCAAUUUAGGGGCCGAGUGCCUCCGGAUGCUAGACUCUGGGGCCGAUUAUCUGCACCUGGAUGUAAUGGACGGGCAUUUUGUUCCCAACAUCACCUUUGGUCACCCUGUGGUAGAAAGCCUUCGAAAGCAGCUAGGCCAGGACCCUUUCUUUGACAUGCACAUGAUGGUGUCCAAGCCAGAACAGUGGGUAAAGCCAAUGGCUGUAGCAGGAGCCAAUCAGUACACCUUUCAUCUCGAGGCUACCGAGAACCCAGGGGCUUUGAUUAAAGAUAUUCGGGAGAAUGGAAUGAAGGUUGGCCUUGCCAUCAAACCAGGAACCUCAGUUGAGUAUUUGGCACCAUGGGCUAAUCAAAUAGAUAUGGCCUUGGUUAUGACAGUGGAACCAGGGUUUGGAGGGCAGAAAUUCAUGGAAGAUAUGAUGCCAAAGGUUCACUGGUUGAGGACCCAGUUCCCAUCUUUGGAUAUAGAGGUCGAUGGUGGAGUAGGUCCUGACACUGUCCAUAAGUGUGCAGAGGCAGGAGCUAACAUGAUUGUGUCUGGCAGUGCUAUUAUGAGGAGUGAAGACCCCAGAUCUGUGAUCAACCUAUUAAGAAAUGUUUGCUCAGAAGCUGCUCAGAAACGUUCUCUUGAUCGAUGAAACCAUAAGGAGCCCAAAGUUUCUGUUCAUGAAAUCUCCCUUUUACUGAAAAACAGGAAUAUUGACUACCAAAUCAUAAUGCAAUUGAAGCUGCACUGCUUUUUUGAGCAGUUAUUCAUUCCAGUGAUUAAAACUGAUUGUGCAGAAUAUUCUAAGAGGUUAGAAAUUGGUGUGUAUAACUAUGUUUUUAGUGAUGCAGCUUAAUGAUUAGUGAGUAAGAUACUGUUUUUAUUGAGAGACUUGAUUUUUAUAAAGAGUAAAAAUACAGCUGUAUUAAGGUUACAAACAGAAAAGUGUCUUAAUGCCUAAGGAGGGCAUAUUGACUACACUACAAAAACAAAUUUUGUCUGUACUUCUGAAAAGAAUUUUGUUGUUUCUCAGCUGUUUUCCAAAAGCAAAGGAAGUCUUUAUGGUUUUUUUCUAUUUCAUGUUAUUUGUGAUUUGUUUAUAAGUUUGGGUGGGAUGGCAUACCAUAUUCUUGGUUCUUAAAAUCUAUCACUUUUAACCUUACACUUGAUGUGUGAAAACUAUAAAAACGAUGUAUGAAACCCAGGGGUUCUAAAAUACAAGCAUAGAUUUUAUCAGGGUGUUUUGUCAAAGCAGAUUAUUCAGUGAUUCCUCCCCACCAUUCUUAAGGACGUUAAAUAAUGCUGUUGUGUUAGCUCUGAGUAGAGAGGAAAAAGUAAAACCUCUGUUUGGAAGUAAUAUUGGGUUGAAUUCUGACCGCCCCUUUCUAGCUGGACCUUUAACAAAUCACCCAAUCUUUUUUGCAUUUCUCCUAACUCAUUUAUACAUUAAAUGUAAUUAUAACAACUGUGGGGUUGUGUUGAGAAUUAAGAGGUAACACUAUAUGCCUAAAGUUUCCAGUACUAGUCCCAGAAUUUAGAAUAUGCUCAAUACAAAGUAGAUAGCAUUAUAUAAGUUUAUAUUUCGUGAGUUAUAAAGUACUUUGAUAUAUUCUCAUUAAAUCUGUAAAUCACCUCUAUAAGUAAGUGGUAAUAAUAAAGCAGGUAUUUUUGUCCCCAUUUAAAAAAUGAAGAAAUUAAUGCUCAGUAGUAGGAUGGUACCCUGAAAGGAUCUAGGAAGUAGUAGAAUUUCUGGUCUGCACUUUUACAAAUGGAGCCCUUGGGAGGUCGGUUAGGUAAGAAGCUUUUUACUUAACAUUGUCUUAUUUCCAGUCUAAUUUUACACUGUAGCAGAACCAGAUGGCUGAGAAUAUUCUGGAACUAUGGAUCUUGACCCCAAGGAUAUAUUAUUUUAUUCCAAGAAAGAUCAGGUAGGCGAAAAGAUGACAGGAUGCAGAGUCAAUCCAUAAACUAAGUAUUUAUAACUGUUUGAAUUAUAGAGAGUCUAAAAAUAUGUGUCAGCUAUUUCAUUCCUGUAAAUAUUCUUGCUAUGUUAUAAAUAUGGCAAGAAAUAUCAGGACCAGUAUCAAUAGACUUCUUGAGGCUACUAUAAGUUUUGAGAAAUAAGGUUCAAAAAGUAAGAAUGCUAACAGUUAAGCUUAGACUAGAGCUUGCUUGGGUUUCUUCCUGCAUUACAAGGUAAAAAUGUGUUAAUGUUUGUUUUUAUUUCAGCUUAGGAAAGCUUUGUGCCAUGAAUAGGUCACAUUUAAUAACAAGCAACACAAAGUAUAUAGAAAUAACUUUAAUUAAAAAACUUACAUAGAAGAUUAUAAUAUCAGACAUGACAAAGAUUUGAGUUUAUUUGCCUGGACAACUUGGGUUUGUCUGGCUUUUGUUUUCUUUUUCUUUAAAAAUAAAUGUACAGUAAAACUACAAGCAAAA